AUUCAUGUAAAUGUGACCACCGCUUGAGCCCCUAGGUAAUAGUUUUAACAACAUGGUCCAAAGGGAACGUAAUCAUAUAUAUCCCCGGGAUCCAGGGCCAUCUAGAAAGUAUGUAAUAGACAACCUAACCGGUUAUAAUGCAAACGACCCGUGGCUACGCUUUUUAAAGCGUGAACCUGGUUACCAGAAGGCCCUUGGCAUAGCACAAAUGGUCGGUGGAGUCUACCGUAUGGAUAGCGACCCUGAUACCUAUAUCGUAUACUCUAACACAGAAAACUGCCGACAGGUUGAUAUGCUCUUCUUUCAAUGCAACUGUCCCAGUCAACGUAUUACCUGCUCACACCUGUUGGCAGCAGCAAUGUCCAACAGCAUUGGCACGGACUACAUCGCCAAGGUUGUUAUAAUGAAUCAAAUUGACCGAAGGCUGUUCGGUAUAUUGCAACGUGGUGAUGGUAUACCCAAUUUCUGCGUACCUCGACAUGUUGCCAAGUCCUUUAAAUACCUCGAACCAAAUGCAGACAAUACCCGAAUAUUACUAGAGAUGCUAAUUGGUAUGGUAUACCGGCUUAUGCUGAUGGACUAUGCAGGAUCGGGUACUGCAAAUAACCGCACUACGGAACGUAUUGAGUCAACCAGGGAAUAUCUUGACGACACCAGUCUUUGGUCACAAUUGAGCAAUGCAAGUAAAGAUAGAACUGCCAAUAUGCACCAGAGUUUAACUAACUCCAAAUGCGACUUUGCCCAAUAUGCUGUGGAUUACUUUAACGAAGGAUCAGGUGAUUAUUAUGACAGCGAUGACAGUUACUUCCACGAAGGUGACGGCGUUCCGUCCGUCUCGUUGCACUUUUCAGUUGCACGCUUGUUCAAUCGUUUGUCAUAUUACGUAUCGAGUGUUGGCAAUCUGCUAAGGCCUGAAUCUAAACUUGCAUUGCGUGAUGCUGUAAGAAUUAUACUUCCAGGAGCUUAUCACAUACUACGUGACGAAUAUCACAUGCAUUGGUUGUUGCCUAAUGACCUGGCUCAUCUAGAACAAAUGUUGAAGUAUCUUUUAAAGUCAUAUGAAAAACAAAGUGUAACAACCAUAGAUGGCUAUUCGCUAGCGUUGGACUGCAUAGAGCCAAUGCGUCAACGUGCUGCUUCAUUCAGUAUCUCCAUGCCAGACAUACGUGAGGCGUUGCGAUUGGAGCUCAUGGGACUACCUAUGAUGUCAAACGUAUACGCAGAUGUAAAUUGGUACGGACGCUAUCAACACAGUCUAGGAUCGAUGGUUGAAUUUUUACAAACAUACGAACUUAAUUUAAAUAUGGACAUGACGUUUGUAACCCUGGGCAACCAAUUGAUCAUCAAGGUGCCCCCAAUAUCGAGUUUCGAUAAUCCUUGGGAUGCCCUAACGGCAAUGGUUGCUGCUGUAGAAGAAAAUGACCCUAGAGUGUUCAGCGGAUGUGGUAUUACAUUAUUAGCGUUAGUCAAACAAAUAUCACUCUUGCCCCCGUUAUGCCAACUUAAAAAGGCCAUAUCACAUAUCUUCGAUCCCGGGAAUAAUGGAGCUAAGUUCAUUGCUAGUUGUUUAAUCCAUAUUCCAAAGAAUGUUGUAGUUGCCUUUUUCAACGCAUACAUCAAGGAAACUGUUGUUUUGGCCAGUGAGGCAUUUUGUGCCAUUGUAAUCGAGUUGUGCGAGCGUGUUUUACUAGGAAGCGCACCCACAUCUGUCAAAGAUAGUUUAUACCUGCUGGGUAUUCACUUCAACUUGGAUGUGGAUGAUGCUUGGUCGCAAGCUGCGUCCUCAUUUGAACGACGGCAAAGGCAGCAACGCAUACUCGCGUUAAGUACUGAUGCAGUGAUACCCACUGAGUCAAACUCUCAGAAGCAGCAGUGUAUACCCGAUUUGCCCAUGGAAUCUGUAGUGGACGAACCAUUUAGGUGUGAUGUAAAUAGUCUUGUGGAGAAACCUGCCCACGAACCAGUGUCACCACCUGAUGUUGAUAGGGUAGUAUUAUCCCCUGAAGAAGUCAGUACAAACAUGGAUAUUGACUAUGGGUAUACAUCUCCAGUAAUUGGAAAUGCAAUUGAUACUUCUAGUAAUACAGCAGUAAGCAGUAUGCAAUUAGACCAGGGAAAGGCAUUGAUAGAUGCAAUUCGCUUAUAUACAUUUGGUUACGGUAUACUGGAACAUUUAAAUCCCGAAGCUUCCGCAAUUGUCAAUAACCAACGGAAACAACUUGAACGUUCUGUCCGCCGUCUCAGUGAAGAUCUGUAUAGCUCCAGGUGCCAUUUACACCUGGAACUUAUACAAAAUGCUGACGAUAAUAAGUACAACUGCCCGUUGCCUGAAAUCGGUUUUGUAUUAGACCGUAGUGGUAUAGUAGUAAUCAAUAAUGAAUGUGGAUUUACCGAUAGCGAUGUCAAGGCACUAUGUGACAUUGGAUCCAGUAGCAAGACUAAUAGUUCUCGUGAUCUUAUAGGUCAAUUUGGAUUAGGAUUUAAGUCGGUGUUUCUAGUAACACAUACUCCCUGUGUAUUUUCCAACGGAUUCCAUUUCAACUUCUCAAGCAACCCCAAUCUCCAAAACAACGUCAUGUACCUAAUGCCACACUGGGUUGACGUAGGCACUGAUUCAAACCCAGUGUCAUAUAUACAACAACGUCUAUCACCACAGGGAAGUAAUAUCUUUGGAUCCUACGUACAAGACUUUACCAUGCGUCAUGGUAAUAUGCCUGGUACUUUUAUAUUCCUCCCUUUUGACAAGGGUAUUGAACCAUAUGAUUUCUACGCCUCUGAGUUCCGUCGCAUGGAAUGCCAUUACUUAUGCUUUCUCAGAAAUUUGCAAAGGAUCAGCUUUAUCAUUUGCGAAGGUACCGGCGAGUUGAUCACAUUCCAACGUGUAUGCGCAUCUACGGUUCACGAAGUUUCAACACCAGGUGAUUGGUCUAAAGAAUUGCAUUAUGAAGUGGGAAAUAGAUAUGAAUCAAGCAGGUACACUGAAAUCGAACUUGUUAAGUCCAGUGGUACCCUGAACCAAGUUAUCAGCCGUCACACUUCCAGCUUCCUGCUAUGUUGUCACGCGUUUAGUGAUAGAGUACCGGAUGCCUAUUCUAUAAACAAGAAACAACAAAAUGUAGUUACUAUUGGUAUACCGCUGAAUAUAGUGGAUCAAUGCAGUUACCAAGUGCACAACGUGCUACCUGUCAGAGACUACGGCCUCGGAUUCUUGGUCAGUGCAAAGUUUAACCUAUCAGUCAGCCGUAACGCAGUAUUGGUUGAUGACGCAUGGAAUAUCCAGUUGAUGGAUUGCGUAGCUAUAUCUUUCGUGGCUAGUGUACUGUUUGCCUCUAAUAUGGCAAUGUCAGCUCCACAUUGGUACUACAGCACAGUUAGGUGCAUACCCGGAAAACAUGGUGCCCGCGAUUGUUUUGCCAGAUGUUGUAAUUUAAUACAACAGUUGUUACAACGGGUUCCUUGGGUACUAACGGCUUCUGGCAAUAACAGGACAGUGCCAUCUGCGACUGUUGCAGUACCAAAUAUGCCUUAUCAGUCAAUACAGGGACUGUAUCUUGUUGAUACAGUUCGUUCUAUAAUUGAGCCCACGUUACUGGAGAAGUUCUGCGGAUGCUAUUAUGCAUUGGUUAAUAUUGGGAGCAAUGACAUAUACGAUAAUUUGGUAGAAAUUGGUGUAAAUGAUGUCCUGGACCCUGGAUUCAUAGCUCUUCUACUGGCGCAGCUGUCGAAUGCUGUUGAGCGUAGUUUACCCAUAAAUAAACAGGAAUCUAUGCUACGUAAGUUCUUUUCUGGCAUUGGUUCAUUACUAUCACUUCUGGCUCGUUUGCUCCAGACUAGUGACCUGGAUCAAAUUAAACAAUGUCUGUUGCUACCGAAUUCAUGCGGCUACCUAAUGCCAAUCGAUACUAAUACAGUGUAUGUGCGUGGCCCUUAUAUAUUGGGCCUUAACAAGCUACCAUUCGUUGUAUGCAGAUCCAUAUUCGAAAAUAAGCUAGGACUCCAAGGAUAUGAACAUCGCAUAGCGGCAGUACUUGAACAGUUGGGAGCUACUGAAUUGACUCCUGAUAAUCUCUAUCAAGCUCUGAUAUUAAAGUUAGCUGCUUGUCUGAAAUACGGCAACAAGGUUUCAUUGAAGUCUGUAAUAGAAAAUGGAAGAAUCCUGCUACAUUUGAUUUCAAUGCACCUUGAUGAUUUGGAAAAAUUAACACCCGAUGAAAAAAAUGAAAUAAGUUCAAUCUCAGUCGUAUGUUCAGACGGGUCACUAUCCACCUUGCAUGAUAUCGGAUUGAAGUUUUGUCCAGGUGACAAUAGCCCCUACGCAGAUGCAUACCCUGAUCUCCAAAAUUACUACAACAAUGCACGCCGUCUGUUAAGCAAGUCAACACUACGUAUCAAGUACUUAUCUGACCAAUAUCUAGAAGGUUUGGACAAUAAUACAACCAGCGGGCCUUCACUAAUCCAAUUCAGAGAUGCUAUCAACAGACUGGGGGUAUACAGCUUCUUGACAUACCGUAGGCGUGGUGUGACCUAUGAUGCACCUGAAGUAACAUGCCCAUACUACAGUAAAGCACUGGAACUAAGUGCACAGGAACGUGGUGAUAUAGAAAAUGGAACUUCUGAAAUAACAGACUGGUACACCCCCGAUAUGUCUCAGUUGGCUAGUAGCCUGUUGUGCGGAACUAUUAAAAGUGGCCAUGACUGCAUCACUGUUUGCAUAUACCAAGUGAUGGAAUUGGAAUUCACACUAUACCCCCAAUGCUACGCUGUUACAUCCAAUUCCGUAGUAUUGGGCCACUCCGUAGCGUACUAUCAAUGUCGACUUGUGCCAUGGGUACCUUAUGUAACUACAGCACUGGGAAAUGCUAUAUCUGUAACUCCAAUAGCUGUAGAAGACGAUAUAGGUAUAUCAUGCCCGUUGUUAAUCCAUCAGGAUCCAGUGGUUUCGCACCUAUUCCUAAAACCAACUGGUAAUGCGUGCAUCCUGGAUGUUAUCGAAUACAUCGCACAAGAGUUGAGUACUGCUCACGAGACGCCAUUACGCACAAGUCAAAUGAUAGAUGAACUAUCCAGGCCCAUUUACCAUCGGAUAAGAAAGUGCUUCUCUCCAGUGGCACUUGAUGCAAUAACAAAGUAUCCCAACAGUGUUAUAUCCAUUCUAGGAGACCUGUAUAAACAGUUACUAGACCGCAUCGAGUCUAGCGAGCUUCCAUUGAACAUAGUUGUCGAAAGGUUUUCCUCAAAAAGGCUUAUUGUGGUUUGCCAGUUGCCAUUAGCUCCCGGAUGUAAAUUCACGGCACUAUCAUCUGGAAGUGAUCAGCUUUAUAUACGUGACUCCAUAGUGAAGUCACCUACUACGCCCCCUUUAUCCCAACUCUACGCGCAAUUGCCAAAGCUUGAAUUUCUUUGGAGUGCUAUCGGCGUUAGCGAAUACCUUAGUGUAAGCGCUACCCUGGGUAUACUGGAGUCAUUACCCAAAAGGACUAUUGCUGUAGAACACAUUUAUACAGCCAUAUGUUGCGUUUUACACUUGAGGCAUAUCCUGGAUGAAACUGAAUUUAAAAACGUUCUAUGGUCCCGUAGGUGUAUUCCAGUGACAUCACAUCGAGAUUCGGUAUUUCUGGAAUUCAAAGGUGAUCAUGUGUUAUCCCAUGCAUCGAAUAUAACAGAUGGUAACCAUUGCCUGAUGGCACCUGAAUGUGGUCUGCUGACCAUAAAAACUGAAGAGUCAUGGAACCUGGUAAAUACAAGCUCAAUAAUGGAUAAUGGAAAACUUCAUCUAGCUGCAGCAAUUUCUGAACUUCCAAAUACACGGGUUAUUGCAGAAUAUGUAUCAUCAUGUUUUGGCGGAGCCACUAUUCACGAAGCAUGGUCUAGAAUUCUUAACUUAUUAGGGGCAAUUGAUCUGGCGGAUCGUUGCUCCAUUAUACCCGUUGUUGACAUUACCGAUGCUAAUAGAGAUACAGGUCACUAUGUGCUGUGUAUGUUGUUACCAUACAUACACUACUACAUAAAGCAUAAAUUGGGCACCAAUUAUGUUGACUGGUACCGCCAAGCGGUGUCAAUGUUAUUGCGUCUGGAGGUCUAUAUUGUCCAAGAACUUGACGCAGCAUAUGCUGUACAUCUUGGUGAUACGAAUUUAAGUGGUGACAUGGGUCCUAGGGACAGUGUACUCCACACCAGCCCGUGCGGUGAAGUUUGUCUAUACGCUAUCGGCUCCUGUAUCCAGGAAGUGCAAUUUGACACCAAGAUCCCUAAGCCAGACCGUUGUGGUUUUCCGGGAACGCUAUCUUCACAGUUCUUUGUUAACAUUGCUAGCAUCUUUCACCCCGGAGGUAUUGGAUCUAUGAGUUCAAUAGCUACCCCUAAUGAACAAGUGCGCUUCUUUGGGGCCGUCCUUGCUACAAUAUACGACAUGCUGCUAUCGGAACCUAAAAGCAGAGUUGAUCUAUUUGUAAGUUCAUUCAACAGAGGUAGCACUGUAGAAUGUCUCUGCCUGGAUGAGUCGACAUGGAAUUUCAUACCGAAGGUAACUGAACAUAGUGACCACGAUGUACCUAUGUCUACGGGUAUAGAAAAUGGAUUAUCUAGCAUGGAAUUGGAUAAGCAUGUGCCUCUGGAUGACCUAUCUAUACAGCAAGGUUGCACAAGUUCUAAAAUGGCUUCUUGCCCAGAGGAUAUGCCAUUAUUAAAAGCAUCAUGCCAACAUACCGUUUCUGCAAAGGGAGCAUACGGAAAUCAUAUACCUUCCGGAAGCAGGUGCCUAGAUAAUGUAGUGGAUCCUUUGGUUGCUCUGUGGAUAUAUAGAACUAAAAUGCCUGCUUCCAGUAGCACUAACGAGUUAUACACCCAUUCUCCAGCGUUACCGCCAACGAAGGAUACAACUGAUGCCUAUUCACCCAUGGAAUAUAGCAGUAUAUCACCGGAUGCAUCAAUUUUGGAUGAUAUGAAUCCACAAGUAAUCGAGGAUACAUGUGGACUAAAUGACGAAGAAAACGCCCUCCAGAGGCGAGUUAUGUCACUGCAUGAACACAAGAGUCUAGUCUCCAAGACAACAGAGGCUAAUACUACAUGGAUGAAAUCAUUGACAGAAGUAGGUAUCGAUGAAAUAAAAGAUCAAGAUCCCUAUUCGCAUAUGACUAAAGAUGUCUCUGAAAAAGUUCAAAUAAUGGAAACCAAGAAGUUUGACCCCGAUGUACCAAACAGCGGCAAGUUAGCUCCAGGGAAUCUCAUAUUAUAUCACGGUAAUAGGGAAUAUCGGAAACAAAUGACAAGACCAUUGAGCUACAUGCUGGCAAUAAGCGAUGAAUUGUCGUCACUCGUAUCGAGCGUAUCCCUAGUAGAAUGUAUCGAUGUCAUGAAGCAUGUAGAUACCAACCAAAUUGUAGAUAGGAUGAAGCAAUAUAUGCAUGGUGAUACAAAUGAACGCAAUAUAGCCGUAGGCUACCUAGGUGAACAAUAUAUAUACGAGUUUCUAAAGUCAGUACUCGCUGAAGAAAUCGCAGAUAACAAGAUUACGUUACGUUGGCUCAACGGUAAUGAUGAAAGUGGUCAGCCGUACGAUAUCCACGUACGUAACCGUAAUGGCGAGGAAACAUUUAUCGAAGUCAAGAGCAGUUGCAGUGCCGUAAAAGACAAUUUUGAAAUGAGUUAUAAGGAAUGGAAUUUCACACAACAAAUGGGAGCGCGUUAUGAAAUCUUUCGAGUUACGGGUGUUGGACAACAAUGUGUACAGCUAUCACGAUUGGUAAACCCCUAUUCAUUGUGGCGAGCAGGACGGCUUCGUUUCUGCCUUAGGCUGUAAAAGAAAUAAUAGAAUGUGAUUUUAAAUAAU